UUCAAUGUCAAGAAUGAAGAUAAAAUACGUAUCUAUUGCUUUCCACUAUCUCAGCGUCAAAUUCUCUUCAUGUCUUUCUCUUUCCACAUUAUAAAAACAGCUCAUUAUUUCAGUCGUACUGACCAUAUUGAACAGGUGUUCUUCCCUCCAUUUCUUCUUCAAUCCCACCAAAUAAAAUACUCCAUUGAUUUGAAUCAUUCCAUUAAACUACAAACUAAUUCCCCUUAAUAAAAAUGGAACCAAGUACAACAAUCAAAGGAAGUUCUCCAUUAAGAAAAUCAUUCACCAAAGAAUCUCCUCCUCUUUCUACUUCAACCUUUUCAUCACCUUCUAACAACAAUAAGAACAAAAAGAAGCUUCCAGAACUACAAGAAGAACGUUUGGGUUUACUUCAAAAUCGUAACGACCCAAUGUCUCAAUCAUUCAGUUCUGAUUUCUCCAUUAAAAUUGAAGCUCCUUCUUCAUCAUCAAUGGCGGAAAAGGGAGAUUGUCCUCCUAUGUUACGUGGGUCUAGCUAUGAUUUUCAAAAUGACGUUUCUACUAAAACCCAGAAAAAUAAAUCCAUUGAGAAAACUUCUGAUGAUGAUUCUUCAUCUGAGGAGUUUGAUUUUCCAAAAAGUGAACUAGAUUUGGAAAAUCAGGGUUUACCACCAGUAAGUGAAAGUCCAAAUGAGUAUGGAAAAAUCACACCAAAAAAUAAUCAGUUUCAUAAAGUUUCAUUUAAAGAAACUGAAUUAGUUCAUAGAAGAACUAGCGAUGAAAAUCGUCAAGGAAUUGGAGUUGGUGUAAGCGGAAGAGAAGAUCAAGUUCUUCGUUGUAGCUCAAACGCAUCGUUUCAGCAAAAGAAAUCUGGGUUAAUGAGGAUGAAGACAAAAUCCAGACUAAUGGAUCCACCCGAAGAGGAAAAUAAAAGAUCCGGGAGGUUAAAUCGAUCCGGGUUAACUGGUAAAAGUGAAGAAAUCGAAGAAGAUGACCCGUUUGAUGAAGAUUUUCCUGAGGAAUUUAAGAGAGGUAAAUUAAGUAUAUUCACAGUAUUACAAUGGGUUAGUUUAAUUUUAAUUGUUGCUGCUUUAAUUUGUAGUCUUGUAAUUAGGGUUUUAAGGGAAAAAUCAAUUUGGGAUAUGCAAUUAUGGAAAUGGGAAGUUAUGGGUUUAGUUCUAAUUUGUGGUGGGUUAGUAUCUGGUUGGUUAAUUAGGAUUGUUGUAUUCUUUAUUGAGAGAAAUUUCUUGCUUAGAAAAAGGGUUUUGUAUUUUGUUUAUGGAUUAAGAAGUUCAGUACAGAAAUUUUUAUGGUUAGGAUGGGUUUUACUAGCUUGGAUUUUGAUAUUAGAUAAAAAAGUUGAGAAAGAAACUCAAAGUAAAGUAUUACCUUAUGUAACCAAGAUUUUGAUCUGUUUUAUGGUGGCUACAUUGAUGUGGUUGAUUAAGACAUUGCUUCUUAAGGUAUUAGCUAUGAAUUUCCAUGUUAGCGCAUUUUUUGAUCGAAUUCAAGAUGCGUUAUUUAAUCAGUAUGUGAUUGAGACACUAUCCGGAGCGCCUUACCUUGAAAUUCAGAGUAAUCAGGAGGAGGAGGAACGGGUUGCUUCUGAGGUUCAGAAGCUUCAGAAUGCUGGGGUGUAUAUCCCUCCUGAUCUUAGGGAGAAUUGUUUUCCGAAUGAAGGGAAGAAUGUGGGUAGUGCUAGGUCGAAUACGAGUGUGUUGCAAAGGAGUCCUCGUAUUGGGAAGAGUCCUAGGAGUUCGGUGAUUGGGAAGAGUCCUAGGGCGCCUUCGAAUUCUAGGAGGGAAGAGAAGGAAGAGGAGAACGAGGGGAUUAGUAUUGAUCAUUUGCAUAGAUGGAAUCAGAAGAAUGUGUCGGCUUGGAAUAUGAAGAGGUUGAUGAAUAUUGUGCGAAAAGGGGUUUUGUCUACGCUUGAUGAGCAGCUUGAUCCACGUAUUGAGGAGGACUCGGCAUUGCAGAUUCGUAGCGAGAAGGAAGCAAAAGCUGCUGCCAAGAGGUUAUUCACUAAUGUGGCGUCGCCCGGCUCAAAAUAUAUACAAUUAGCGGAUUUGAUGCGCUUUCUAAGAGAAGACGAAGCAAACAGGACCAUAAGAUUGUUUGAAGGAGCUGUUGAUGGUAAAGGAAUCAGCAAGCGGGCACUUAAAAACUGGGUGGUUAACGUGUUCAGGGAAAGGCGGGCCCUUGCACUUUCGCUCAAUGACACAAAGACGGCUGUGAACAAGCUUCACCAUCUGGUGAACAUUAUUGUUGGUAUUGCUGUGGUGGUCGUCUGGCUUCUAAUCUUGGGUGUUCCCGUUACUCACUUCCUGGUCUUUGUGAGCUCCCAAGUUGUUGUACUGGCUUUUAUGUUUGGUAACACCUGCAAAACAACGUUUGAAGCUAUCAUCUUUCUUUUCGUUAUGCAUCCAUUCGAUGUGGGUGAUCGUUGUGAAAUCGAGGGAGUUCAGAUGAUUGUAGAGGAGAUGAAUAUAUUGACUACCGUAUUUCUGAGAUACGACAAUCAGAAAAUUAUUUACCCUAAUAGUGUGCUAGCUACCAAACCUAUCAGCAACUAUUAUAGAAGUCCCGAUAUGGGAGAUGCCAUUGAUUUUUGCGUCCAUGUCUCAACUCCCGUGGAAAAGUUAUCGCUGAUGAAGGAAAGAAUAACAAGGUACAUUGACAACAAGUCAGAUCACUGGUACCCAGCCCCGAUGAUAGUGAUGAGGGAUGUCGAGGACUUGAACAGACUAAAGUUUUCCUUGUGGGUAUCACACAGAAUGAACCAUCAGGACAUGGGAGAAAGGUGGGUGAGGAGAUCCACUCUCGUCGAGGAGAUGAUCAAAAUUUUCAAAGAACUCGACAUUGAAUAUCGCAUGUUGCCCAUGGAUGUCAAUGUCAGAAACAUGCCGCCUCUCGUUUCUGAUAGACUUCCUUCCAACUGGACUGCUUGUGCAAGAUGAUCAUCUUUUUAAAACAAUUCUGUUGUGUUGGGGCAGAACAUGCUUGUGCAUUUGCUACAACAUUGAGGUUCAAGGUUAUGAACGUAUCGUAGGUGAAUUCAUUGGAGUAGAUGAUCUAUUGGGCCUUUUUACGCGUCUUAAAACUGAUCUAUUGGUUCAUGAAAUCAACUCUAAUCUUUUGGAAGUAAAGCAUGGGCAUUGUUGUUGAUGACACCAAGUGUACUUGUGAGAAGUAAAAACCGGCUUGAGUUCAGAUAGUUUGUAUUACGAGACUGUGGUUCUAAUGAUUAGUCAAAUAUUACUCCGUCCCACUUAAUAUGCUGCAUGUGCAAUUUUGAAUGUGAGAGUUUGAAACAAGUGUAGCAAAAGGAGUUGGAUAGAGGGAGUAGUGAGUAUUAGCUGUGGUUUGUUUGUUAUGGACCGAUGAGGUUAUGAUAGUGUUGGGAGUGGGAUUCUCUUAGCUGAGCAUCUCCAUAUUGAUGUUAAUGUGUAAAUUAUCCUAUAAAUUUUGUGGUUUGAUCUCUAAUAAUCAUUGUUAUAUUCUUUAAAUUUUCAAAUUAUUAUACUGUCUAAUUUUUUAAGUGAAGGUAAACUCAUUUACUAAUUAAAAGCAAAAUUCGCAAAAAAUAGCAUCAACAAUUCAAGACGAACAGCUAAGCCUUAUCACAGGGACGAAUAGUUG